AACUUCCGGUGAAAUAGAACGACGAUUAGCCCCGCCCACCCGUUACCUAGGCAACAGUAGUAACCAACAUGUCCGGACAGGAGAGAGCGCGUGCGCCUGGAAAAUCAUCUGAAAGCAGGAAAACAGCCACAAACAUAAAGGAUCCUUUAAAUGCACAUGAAGCAGGUGAGAUGUUUCCUCAGUGGCCGUGUCUAUCACGUGAGAACCUGAAUCUGCUGAUGGAGCUUUCUGUGGACGAGGUGCAGCUGAAAUUUGUGGAUGUACUUGAGCUGAAGAAGCAUGAAACCUGUGUAAAGGAGGCCUCACUGUUGGACUACUUUGUUGGAGGAUUUUGGUGGGCCAAAGAGAUGAGCUUCACAAGCCAGCAAAUCUCAUUCGUUAUGGCUCUCCUACAGAAGUUGCUAGACAACAUAAAAGACAAGCGCAUGCCAUUUGCAGACAAUUUUAAGGAGUUAACUCGGAUGCUGCUAGCAACUAGACGGUCACCUCCGUCGGCGGGCGCCACCUUUAACCCGCCGUUUGAUGCGGAUCAAAUCAGAUCCAUUACGGAUUACUUCAGCAGCAGUCUUUUCCAGCAUUACAGACUGUACGAGUUCGUCUUCACUCACCUGAGAGAUGAAAUGCUGAUAGGAACAGAGGAACCAGAUAUUUGGUGACUCACCAGCAGCAGAUAUAACAGCUUGCUCAAAUGCAUUUAUCAUCAUCUUAAUUACCUCGCAAACAUUCAGCAAUCAAACCUUUUCUUUUCAUUUUUUAUUGUUUACAUACGAAAGCCAUUUGAACACCGGCUCCUUCUAAAAUAAGACAACCAAACCAGAUGCUGUUGCAAAUUAAGCAGCAGUAAAUUGUCUCCACAUCUUGUCUUAGCGUGGCAGCACGCCUGCCCCCGGUCUCGCUCGCCUCUCCAUUUUGCAGGUGGUGAACGGCAUUAAUGAGAGCUGUCAUCUCUGCGUUUGAGAUUCAGCUCGGGCGGAUCGACGCCUGCCUCUCAGCUGAUUUGCUCAUCCAUUAUUAACGUGUAAUGAUUAUGUUCCAUACACACUUUCAAAAUGUCAGACAGCAGGAAAAGCGUAUUGCUAAUAUUUUUUCGUCCAAGUGGCCAUUAAUAUUCAUGACGCGUCGCACAGUGCCAGUCUGUCUCCCAACUAUAAAAGUGUAACGUCCCUAAAAUGGGAAAACUCAUUACAUCAGAAGCAGAAGACAAGCAGCAGAUUUGUUUAGCGCCCGAACGGAGCUGUAAGCUGCUGCGAGUGAAUAGUUAUAUUUGCUGUGGAGCAUCGUGGGGAUCAGUGAACAAAUCUAGGUCAAGCGCUGUGCCACAGACAUAAUGGGUCCCGAAUGUCAUAUAACACGAGCGUUUUCUAUUUGUUUUGAUGGAGAGUUCAAAGCACCGUUUGAAUAUUAAUGUCCUCAUUUUCCACCCCUCCUUUGUCUCUCUAUGUAUAUUGGAAACAUUUCAGUAAGCCAACAUGUUUAACAAGUUACACAAAGAGAAGCAGAAAAGACUUCUAGGCCUUCCUUGUUUUUUUUUUUUUCCUCAGCCAUUAAAGUCACGUUAAUUCGUUUAUCAGGAGAUGAAACGGCAUGAAUCAUGUGCAGGGGAGUAAUGCAGAGCAAUUGAAUAAUGAAGGACCAUUGUUCUUCCCCUCACCCUCCAUUUGACAUUGUAAUUAUCUCAAAUAUGUCAACCACGGAGCUCUUUGUUUUUCUUACAUAGCCGAGUUUGGUUUCUGUGCGAGGGGCUUUCUGCCAAGUGAACUGUAAAAGCAUUCCAGCUGAACGACAAGAAAAUGUAGCUCAGGGCCUUAACGUGGAGCUAAAAGACCUAGAAACGUUUAUUAAAAAUGUACGAAUGUGGACAUCGUUGUUGUCUUUCUAAGGCAUGCAUGUGGAUAAUAUAUGUGCCGUUACUGACAUAUCAGUCGGUGUUGUGUGAUG